CUAAGUUCUGAAGCGAGCAGGAAUAUCUGGAGGAGUUUAUCAUCUGAACUGAGAUCUGCUGCUGUGAAGAUGGAGUUUGUGAAAGAGGAGAGAGAAGAGAACACGAGUGAACCAGAAACCUUCACAAUAAAACACGAGGAACCAGAAAUAAAACACGAGGAACCAGAAACCUGCACAAUAAAACAAGAGGAAACAGAAACCUGGAGAAUAAAAGAUGAGGAACCAGAAACUUUGAGAAUAAAACACGAGGAACCAGAAACCUGCACAAUAAAACAAGAGGAAACAGAAACCUGGAGAAUAAAAGAUGAGGAACCAGAAACUAUGAGAAUAAAACACGAGGAACAAGGAGAAUUCAUUGAAGAAAAAGAGGAAAAUGAAGAAUCAAGUGAAGUUGAGGAGAAAAAUCAUGUCAAAACUGGCGGAAAACCUUUGAUUUGCUCUCAAACCAAACAGAAAGCUUUAAAGAAAAAAAUUAAGAAAUCUUUCACCUGUACUCAGUGUGGAAAGAGUUUCACAUGUAAAUCAAGUCUUAAUGGUCACAUGAGAGUUCAUACUGGAGAGAAACCAUUCACUUGCGAUCAGUGCGGGAAGAGUUUCACACAUAAAUCAAAUCUUAAGGAUCACAUGAACAUCCACACUAGAGAGCAGCAGCACACAUGUGAUCAAUGUGGUAAAAUGUUUUUAUGGGCUUCACUUCUGAAGAAACACUUGAAAGUUCAUGCAAAGGAGAAACCACAUCCAUGUAAUUUGUGUGGUAAGAGUUUUUUGCAUCUACAAAGUUUGAAAGUACAUCAGAAAAUACAUACUGGUGUGAGAGAGUACGUGUGCUUUGGGUGUGAAAAGACUUUUAGUUCAGCGAGCAGUUUAAAAGUGCAUGAGAAGAUCCACACUGGAGAGAAACCUUACAAGUGUUCACACUGUGACAAGAGAUUCAGUCAGUCAUCAAAUCUGAAAACACAUGAGAGGAUCCACACUGGAGAGAAACCUUACAAGUGUUCACACUGUGACAAGAGAUUAAAUAAUUUAUCAAGUCUGAAAACACACGAGAAGAUUCACACUGGAGAGAAACCUUAUAAGUGUUUAAUCUGUGACAAGAGAUUCAGUCACACAAGAGAUCUGAAAACACAUGAGAGGAUCCACACUGGAGAGAAACCUUACAAGUGUUCACACUGUGACAAGAGAUUCAAUAAUUUAUCAAGUCUGAAAACACAUGAGAGGGUUCACACUGGAGAAAAACCUUACAAGUGUUCACACUGUGACAAAAGAUUCAGUCAGACAGUAAAUCUGAAAACACAUGAGAGGAUCCACACUGGAGAGAAACCUUAUAAGUGUUCACACUGUGACAAGAGAUUUAGUGUGUCAUCAAGUCUGAAAACACAUGAGAUGAUCCACACUGGAGAGAAACCUUACAAGUGUUCACACUGUGACAGGAAAUUCAGUCGUUCAGUAACUCUGAAAAAACAUGAUAGGAUCCACACUGGAGAUAAACCUUAUAAGUGUUCACACUGUGACAAGAGAUUCAGUGUGUCAUCAAGUCUGAAAACACAUGAGAUGAUCCACACUGGAGAGAAACCUUAUAAGUGUUCACACUGUGACAGGAAAUUCAGUCGUUCAGUAAGUCUGAAAAAACAUGAGAGGAUCCACACUGGUGAGAAACCUUAUAAGUGUUCACACUGUGACAAGAGAUUCAGUGUGUCAUCAAGUCUGAAAAGACAUGAGAGGAUUCACAAUGGAGAGAAACCUAAUAGGUGUUCACACUGUGACAAGAGAUUCAGUCGUUCAAUAAGUCUGAAAAAACAUGAGAGGAUUCACACUGGAGAGAAACAUUAUAAGUGUUCACACUGUGACAAGAGAUUCAGUGUGUCAUCAAGUCUGAAAAGACAUGAGAGGAUUCACAAUGGAGAGAAACCUAAUAGGUGUUCACACUGUGACAGGAAAUUCAGUCGUUCAAUAAGUCUGAAAAAACAUGAGAGGAUCCACACUAGGGCUGCACGAUGUGUCGUUUAAGCAUCGAUAUCGCGAUGUACGAAUCCACGAUAGUCACAUCGCAGGGUGUGCAAUGUAGGCUGUCAUAGUUGAUCCGUUAUUCAUUAACUGUAUGGGCGAGCUGCUCCCCGGCCCUUGACGAAUGUGAUUCGUGGAGAGCGUGAGAGAGAGAGCGCGAGAGAGAGAGAGAGCGACAGAGGGAG